CACUACAUUCUGUUUAUUGUUAAAGUGAAGUGGGAUGAGUUAGAAUAAAUCCAUUGCUGUGUGGACCUCUGUGGACUGUGGCUCAAAAGCCAUGUUGCCUCGAGGGCUCGGCUUGCUUUCUCUUUUCCCACUAUUACUGCUGAUGCCGUUGCUUGUUGCUGAUGAUAGCAGGAAAAGGUUAUCAAAAACUGUGUCCAGGCUGCAGAGUAAACAGCCCUCAGUUGCAGUGUGUACUUAUGGGCAGUUUGUUUCCUGUUGUUACGGCUGGAAGAAUUUUAAUGGAGUCUGUCAGCCACAGUGCAACAAAUCUUGCAAAAACGGAAUCUGCAUUGGCCCCAACAAGUGCUCCUGCUAUAAAGGAUUUCAAGGAAAAUACUGUGAGGCAGAUGUAAAUGAAUGUGGACUUCUUCCCAGACUCUGCUCCCAUAGCUGCAUGAAUACACAGGGAAGCUACCGCUGUUACUGCGAGAGUGGCUUUCAGUUAAACGCAGAUGGAGAAACCUGUUCCAAAACAUCUCUUUGUUCGAAUUCUCACUGUCAGUUUGGCUGCCAGGACCUGGAGGAAGGGGGAAUGCGGUGUGUGUGUCCCUCUGGUCUGCGGCUGGCCCUGGAUAACAGGACAUGUGAAGAUAUAGAUGAAUGCCAGCACGGAGCGGAUAUCUGCCCGUCCAGCAGGUCCUGCAGAAACACUUUCGGGAGUUAUCUAUGUGUCUGCAGGGAAGGCUUUGUGAUCGGAAUGCUACAGGGGAAAAUGAAGUGCAGAGAUAAAGACGAAUGUCUUUUGGGAACUCACCGUUGCAGUCAACAUGGCCACUGCAUCAACACUCUCGGGUCAUACAUGUGUAAAUGCCAAGAGCAGUUUUCUGGAGACGGAUUCACUUGUCAGAAGCAGAAAAUAAAUCAGUCACUAAGGUCCUCAUAUUACCGAUAUAAGCUGUCCAAAAGAAAAAUCUCAACAAAAGAUUUUAGCUCUGAAAAUUAGGUACAGUACUGUAUUUAAGAAGCAAAAGCUAGUCUAAUCUUUUCUAUUAUUUCAGUAACAUUCUGCAAAUUGAAAUAAUGUAUGAAAUAAAACAAGGAUGUUUUUUUUUUUGUACAUGAA